CUGACUUGGAACGAUGCAACCUUCGGUGCGGUCUUCUUAUAUGGGCCUCCCCCACCGUUGACUACUAGUUUUGCGUUCGUUGGUGUGAUUCUAGUAGAUUUCGUUUACUCAUAGCUGUCGAAUGAAGUUCUCUGCCUUCAUGAAAGAUUGAUUUCAAUACCUAAGCAAUGCUCUCUUCGCGCCAGUUGGUCGCUUUUGCGACAAUCUUGCAUGCAACUACGGGAGUUUCGGCCCAAGACCUGAAGGAGCAGGUCUGGGCUGUGUUCGCCUACACUCUAUAUGGGGACCGUGUCCCAACAGCCCUGCCUCGUCCGAAUAUCCUGACCCCAUAUGGAGCCAACGGACUCUAUGCAGCCGGGUCUGCUUUCCGAGAUCGAUAUGUCGCAAUUCAUUCGACCGACGUCAGCCCGAGUACGAGAAUCGAGAGCAUCUCUUCGUAUGCGCUAGAAGAUGAAGAUCUGGAUAUCCUCUCCACUACCGAUCCAUCGGUCAUUGCAUCCGCUCAGGCUUUUAUGCAGGGUCUAUACCCCCCUCUCAACGAAACCUACGAUGUGCAAUAUCCCGACCCAUCAUACCUCAUGGCCAACGGAACCUAUGCGACUGCUCCUAUGGGUGGGUAUCAAUACCCACGAAUUAUCACCGUGAGCUCGGACGACCCCCAGUCGGUCGUACUGGCGGGUCAAGAUAAUUGUCUCCUGCAUCAAAUCGCCGAUGCGGGCUACCAGCUCGACUCUGGAACUCAGCAGAUAAUGCAGGAGUCGGCAGCGUUCUACAAUCGUCUUUACGACCAGGCCUUGUCCGGCGAUUUUGAUCGUUCUUCGGUCAAUUAUGCGAAUGCCAUCUCUGUCUCCGAAUACCUGGAGUAUCAGCUCUUACACAACGAAACCCUGUUGCACACCGUUAGUCAAGAGGACAUAGUGCGCGCGCACUGGUAUGCUGACCAGUAUACCUUCGCAACCAAUGGCAACACGGAGUCAUCGAGCGCAAUUGACAGUGGCGCUAUCCGUACGAUUGCAGGACAGACAUUGGCUGGUCACAUCUUGGAUGCAUUUGACACCAAUGUCCUCUACCGGGGUAGCAGUGGAAAGAUGACACUCCUCUUCGGAGGUUUUGAACCUGCCGUCGCUCUUGCAUCCCUCACGCAACUAACAUCAGAAAAUGAGAAUUUCUAUGGCCGCCCUGCGCUCGGAGCCUCGAUGACCUUUGAACUUUUCAGCCUGGAGAAUGCUUCAUUCCCGACGUACCCUGAUCCGUCUCAGCUCUAUGUGCGAUUCCUCUUGCGCAAUGGGACAACCUCUCCAGGAUUCCGAUCAUACCCGCUUUUCGGCCACAGUCCCAGCAAUAUCGAAAUCCCUUACAGCGAGUUCAAGGCUGCAAUGGAAGCGUUCUCAAUCAAUUCGACAGAAGAAUGGUGUCUCACCUGUGAUUCGUCGUCCGUGUUCUGCCCUGGCGUUCUGAGCAACGAACCUGGUGCAUCUGCUUCAAAAACAAACUCCAAAAGCAAAGCCAUGAGCCCUGCUGUUGCAGGGGCUAUUGGAGCCAUCGUGACCCUUGUUGUUACUGGGCUCGUUGCCCUUGGCGGGUUCCUGCUCCUCGGGGUUCGUAUGCAUCGUCGACGCCGGUCAAGCCUGGAGGAAAUUAAAGGAGGCAUUGAUCUGGGAAGCGAGUCGAACCUUGCCUUGCGAGAGCAUGCUGCGCCUCCGGCAAAGACUAUGAAGCCUUAGGCAUUGCUUCGGCGUUGCUUUGGCGAAGCCUGUGAAGAACAUCGACGAGCUUGGUGCAGGCGGG